GAGCUCUCCCCGGAUGGGAGCUCCGGCCGCGGAGUGAUGGUGGCGGCAGCGGAGAUGGGCCGGGCAGGGACCAUGGCGGUGGCGGCAGAGGUGGCAGGGGCGGGGUGGCUGGCAGCAGAGGAGGCUGUAGUCUUCGGGGGGCUGUAGGUGGAGGCAUGGCUCGGGCCAGCAACGGGAACGGCAGCGAGGAGGCCUGGGGGGCACUUCGAGUGCCGCAACAGCAGCUUCGAGAGGUUUGCCCAGGAGUGAACAACCAGCCCUACCUCUGUGAGAGUGGUCACUGCUGCGGGGAGACUGGCUGCUGCACCUACUACUAUGAGCUCUGGUGGUUCUGGCUGCUCUGGACUGUCCUCAUCCUCUUUAGCUGCUGUUGCGCCUUCCGUCAUCGACGAGCUAAACUCCGGCUGCAGCAACAGCAGCGGCAGCGUGAGAUCAACUUGUUGGCCUACCACGGGGCAUGCCAAGGGGCUGGCCCUGUUCCUACCAGUUCACUGCUUGACCUUCGCCUCCUCAGCGCCUUCAAACCCCCAGCCUAUGAAGAUGUGGUUCACCGCCCGGGCACACCACCACCUCCGUACACUGCGGUCCCAGGCUGCCCCUUGACUGCUUCCAGGGAAUGUACCUGCUGCUCCUCCACUUCUAGCUGCCCUGCCCACUUCGAGGGAACAAACGUGGAAGGUGUUUCCUCCCACCAGAGUGCCCCCCCUCAUCAGGAGGGUGAGCCUGGGGCAGGGGUGAGCCCUGCCCCCACACCCCCCUCCUGCCGCUAUCGCCGCCUGACUGGUGACUCGGGUAUCGAGCUCUGCCCUUGCCCUGACUCCAGCGAGCGUGAGCCAGUCAAGGAGGCUAAGGCUAGUGCUAUUCAGCCAGAUCUGGGGGACUGCUCCCCCUGUACACUGUCCCUAGACCCCAUACCCCAAGUUCCUUCUAUGGGGCUGGCUACCAGGGAAGGGGGCAUCCCAUAAGCAGUUUUAGGAGGGUGGGUUGGUUGCUUGCCCACUAGAAACAGCCCUGGUUCCAACUCCUUGAGUUUUCCUCAGCCUCUCCCUGCCUUCCUAGAACCUGCCUGAAAGGGCUGGAGUCCUGAGGACAGGGGCCAUGUUUGGGGGACUGUGCUAGCUCUACCCCCGAUGACAUACACAGGAGCCUUUGAUCUCAUUAAAGAGAUGUGAACCA